CAGUCUCGCAUCGCGUAUAUUUGGGGGCGCUUCGGCAGCCCCACACGACAGUUGUGCUUGGAACGCUUCGUAGUGAAGAUCGUGCUCGAUCGGUGCGCGCCCUACACCGCGAGAAAUAAAUCACUGAAAACACAUAUUGGCAGAGGGAAAAGAAACCCUCAUAUUAUUUUGUACCAACGACGACGAACUUCGCGUGUAAAUUAGCAAGCGUUCGGCAAGAAACAAGAAACAAACAUUUUUAACCAAAAAACCGCACAGUUUUUUUCGGGAAAAAUACAACAGAAAUUGGCUGUAAAUUGUGAAAAAGAUACAUACAUACCAAAAACGUUAAAAGCGAGUGAAAUUUGUGUCAUAAGCAAAGCCAAACACACAUAAGCGCAAAGCCAAAACCAAAACCAAAACAAAACAGUAAAAAAUUAAAAAAUAAAAUCAGACAGAGGUGACUGUCGAACUGUAAAGUGAUGUGCGUGCAACCAUCAGCCGGGGAACUCCAACAGAACUAGCCAGAAGAAUGGCAAUAGAUUUCCUCAUUUUGGCCCUGCUGCUCGUCUCGUUCCUCAUCAACCUUUUGGCGCUGUGCGCGUUCUGGAUCACGCCCGGACUACGCACCACGGCCAAUCGAUUCACCAUCAAUUUGCUGGCCAUCAAUCUGAUCGGCUGCUGCAUACUCGCACCCACCCUCUUUCUGGGCGGCGUCAGGAGCCUCAACGAGCCCCAGUCCGGUCCCGCUGCGGAGAGCAUCGAGUUCUACUCGAAGCCGGGCAAUCAUCAGGUCACCAUCCGGCGCCAUGGCCAGGUCGUGGAGCAAGACGGCAUCGUCGUGCGGCGAAACAUCAGCGACGGUGACACCAUCGAGACCAUCUUCAAGUGCAACGCCACCUACUGCCGAGAGCUAACGAUCGACGAGCGGGGCGAUGGCGGCAUCGUCAUCACGGAGACGGAGACCCAUGAGGACAACCUGAGCGCCUUUGGCAGCACCCCCAGUCCGUUGCCCACUCCGGCGUUCGUGUUGCCACCCGUAGAGAUGCGCUGCUGGUCAAUCGACAUGACGGCGGCCCUGGGCGCCCUCGCUGUGCUUCUGGUCGUUGGAGACACCUGGUGCGCGGUCACCGAUCCUCUGCGCUAUCACAGCCGCAUUUCGGGCGUAAAGACAUGGGUCUUCAUCGCCCUUACCUGGGCCGUGGGGAUCCUUUUUGGAGCACUAUCGGCCCUCCGGGUGCUCGACUUUGAGGCGGACACGCUGCUGAGUCGACAGCGGCGCCUGGCAGCCACCUUCUUCAACAUCAGCAGCACGAACAGCAUCUUUGGGGUGGUCUACGCCUGCGUGUACUUCAUCGUGAUAAUUAUGCUGCCCUUCGGCUUCGUUUGCGGUAUGUACUGGCGCAUCUUCAGCGAGGCGCGAGGCAACGGACUCCGGAUGCGGCAGAACGGAUCCUCGCCGCUGCUGCAGAGCGCCCUAAAUCUGACGGGAGCCCACCAGGCGGCGCAGGCCAAUCAGUAUGCCAACAGCCUCUGCGUGCACAGGCACUCCAUCUCCUCGGCCAGCUCCCAUGGCGGCUGCAGUGGCGGAGGAGGCAGUUCCAGCGUAGGGGGUCUUCAGAUGCAGAUCGAUCAGCGCCAGCAGCGCAGCUCCCCCAGCUGCCUGCGACGCGAUUCGGCGGCCAAGGUGCUCCUGCCCACCAUUUCCGAUGACGGAGGCUCAGACGGGGACGCGGAGAGCAACGUCGGCAUCCAGUUAAUGCCGGUGCCGGAGCAGACGCUGGCCGAUCGCAACCAGAACAUCCUGCUGACCCUCCAGACGGCCAGCGGCGAGAUCAAGCGGAACUACUCGGCCCGCCAGCUGCCGCUCCUGGGCACAUCUUCGCAGGAUCUGCGCGAGACGAACCGCCUGCAGGGCAUCCGCCAGGUGCACAGCUCUCCCAAUCUGCACAAGUACACGGAGCUGCGCCAGGACUCGCUUAGCGAUGAGUGUGGAUCGCCGCACCUGCUGGGGCACGCACAGCUCCAGCAGCAGCAGACGAUCCAGCAGCAUCAUCAGCAGCAGCAGCAAAGCCACCAGCAUCAGCAGCAGCACCACCCGCACUUUAGCUCGCCUCGGCACCAGCAGCUGCAACAUCAGCACCAGCUGCAUGGAAGCUUGGGCGGACCCUCGGGCCAUGCCCUCCAAAUACCCGCCAUCCACGCCUCCCCCAAGGCCCUCAGCUACAUGAGCUCGCUGCGUCAUCGCUUGAGUAAUGCCAGCUCGCUCUUCAAAUACCGCGAGGAGUCGCGUGCCGCCCGCAUCAGCAUUCUGGUGGUGAUCAUGUUUGUGGUCUCUUACCUGCCCUUCGGGCUGCUGGUGCUCCUGCAAGCGCGCCUCUCCGCGGCCAACUUUGGGGGCUCCUCGCAGCUAGCCAUCUUUAUGAUCCUGCUGGCCAACCUCAGUUCGCCCUUCAUUUUUGCGUAUCGCAACAAGCGGGUGCGGCGUGGAGUCAAACGGCUCUUUGGUUUGGAGUCCUCGAGCUCCCUUCAGCGCCACUGCAGCAGCAGCAUCAAGACCAAUGGCACUGGUGGGGCAGGCGGAAUCGUGUCCGGACCCAAUGCCGCCCAGCUGCAGAGGAACAGCAGCAAGCUCUCGCAGUACAGUAGCAACAGCUGUCGCUAUCUGACGCCCCAGAGCUCCCUCGUAAGUCAGUGCCAGCCCGCAGCGGUGCACACUACCCUGACCCUGCGUCCGAACAGCAGCUGUAGUACCAUCAUCAACUUUGGGACGACCACACGGGGAUCGGCAGAGUCCGAGGACCUGCCCUCGCCGCCACUGGCACCACUGGCACCACCGGCCCCACCACCACCCCCGUCGCAGACGAGGAACAUGCGCCCCAAGCUGCAGCGGGGCAUCACCAUUGUGGAGCACAUCUCCCUCAGCCCGCCGACGCCGCGUAAGUACCAGGCGCGCCGCGGCCGCCUGUUUGAGAUGUUCUUCCGCGGCUCCAAGAAGCUGCAGUCCAACUGUGGCAUGCCCACAGAGGUCUAAGAUGCCUGAGAGAUCGAAGAGCGGAGUACACUCGCUUGCUGAAGAAUUCUAAAACAGUAUUCGUAAUUUGUAAGUUACCAAUUAGCAAAGACAACAACAAGUGUUUGACUUUGAAUUUUUACGCCGAAAUAAUGCUGUCUCUAGAAGCUUCUCAUGCCAAAAAAAAAGAAAACAAAAACAAAAGAAAGAAGGAAAGACGAUAAAUUCGAGUGCUUGUCAAACUGUUCAAACAGUUUUAUAAGCACAAAAAAAUAUAAGAAAAAUACGAAGAACAAAAGUACCUUUAAAAAAACGAUUAACAAAAAAAAUAGAAACAUCUGUGUACAAGUCAAAUUAAAUUUAAAAUACAAUGGCACAUUCGUAUAAGAAAUAUCAAACUGUAAACUGGAACCAAGCCAAGUCGGGAUCCGAUCGAAUCGGAUCGGAUCGGAUGGGAAUCAAUGUACCUAAGCAACAAAAGCAUAUUAACAUUUAAUGUUUUUACUCAAACUCAAACAAAACAAAAAAACCACAAAUCGAAAACCAAUCGACAAAAAUAGCAAAGACAGCACAGUUUUAACCAGUCACACACGAAAGCACCAGCUAAUUUAUUAUUUAUUAACUUUAUAGAACUAUUAUUAUUAUCAUUAGAAAUCUGUAUAAAUAUUUAUUAGACAAAACCAACACGAAAAGCUUUAACUCCAAAACAUUCUGGCUAAGAGAAACGCUAAACAUUCAAUUAUAAGUUAAUUAAGUCAAUGUGCAAAGCAUAUGUGUAUUCUAGAGCCAUAAGAAUAGUAGUCUUACAACCGAGCACCUAGUGCCGAUCAGUGCUUUUCAAACUGUCCUGUUCCUGUGGCUCUAUUCCUGUGUCCUGUGUCCUAGAGGGGCGACCAUUGAAUGGCCGCUGUUUUCAUAUUGAAAACGCGUCAGUCAAUGCAAUGGUCGCCUCCAGCUCCAGUUCCAGAGAAAACCAGCCAGAGAGUCAGACAGCCAGACAGUCAGUCAGUCAGUAACUUAUUUUAGAGCGGGCGGUCGGUCCAUUAAAGUCAAUUUUCUUUCUUUAGAAUUCAGGCAUUGCGUGCAGCUAAAUACCUCAUUAGUUUUAAUUUCAAGUGAGAGAUGGACGGCGGCUUUGCGAGUAGGUCAGAAGUCAGAGCAGAGCCAUCAUCGGUGGCGGGCCUCGGCUCAUGUAUUAUACAUACUUGGGUCUGCAGUGCUCUAUAAUGGCCCUGGCAUUUGUCUCUUCUCUGCCUUGGCCGCCGCCUCCAGGCCAGAAAGCUUUAUAUCCUAAGUUCGCUUUAGCCCGCUUUGAUUUUCCGCCUGCCCAACUGACUCGCUUUCCACACAAACAAACACAAGAUACAACACAAAAACCAACCUCGAAUUUAUAUUUCUAAAGUUUAUAUUUUAUAUAUGUAUAGAGCGUGUGCAUACCGAAUAUCUAUAAAUAUUUAUGCAUGUGUGUUCGGACAAAGAAAAUGUAUUUCAAAACCAAUUAUUGUGAUGUUGAGCUGAGAGGAAAACAAGAAUGUAAGAAUGUCAUUUCGAAAUGCAUUGAGAAAUAACUUAAAACAUGUAUUAAUAGUUUACAUACUACAUACUAUAUGUGUGUACCUAUACAGAUGCAGAGAAACACACACACACACACAAAGCAUAUAUGUAUACAUUUACUAUAUAUAGUAGUGAUAUUUUUUCAAAUUUAUUCAACUGUCAUUCGCUAAACCAUUACGAUUAAUUGUAAAUGCAAUGAAAGCAUUAAAAUAAUUCAAUGUGACAAAUUAGCUUUUAAUCUGAAACCGAAACAAAUACAAAAAUCCAAAUGCAGCAAACAAAAAAAGAGAAAGAAAAAUAUUAUAACUGCAAAUUAAUUAUUAAUCGAAAAAUCGAUGGAAAAAACCAAUCCAAAACAAAACCAAACCAAACAACACACAAAGCAACAAAACUCUAUUCAAAUAAAAGAUUAUGUGUCUUAAAAGAA